GUUCACAAAUGUCAUCCCUAGAUAUCACCACCGUACCGUUUUAUGGGUCACUUGUUUAUCGUUGUAGAUCUAUGUAAUAGCAAAAAGGAGAAACUGCAGUUUUUAGCGUUAUUAGUGUGUGGUAUUUGAAGUUGCGGUUAGUACGUGAAAUUCUUUGGUAGAAUCUUCGCAAGUGAUUGUCUAUACUGGCCCUGUCCCUGUCAUCACUGACCGCGUAGCUGGAGGCUUUCAGUAUCAUGCUUGCAUCUCAGCAGUUUUGUGUGAAGUGGAAUAGUUAUACCACUAACUUGCAAAAUGUGUUCCCACGACUUCUUUCCUCGGAACACUUUGUCGACCUCACUCUUGCGUGUGAAGGUCGAAUGAUAAAGUGUCACAAAGUCGUGCUGUCAGCAUGCAGCACAUAUUUUGAAAAGAUGCUUGUGAACAAUCCGUGUCAACAUCCAAUCAUAUUCAUGAAGGACAUGAAACACUGGGAGGUGCAGGCACUUGUUGAUUUUAUGUACAAGGGGGAGGUGAAUGUGAGUCAGGAUGAAUUGAAUUCACUAUUGGAGGCAGCCGAAGCAUUGCAGAUACGGGGGCUGUGUGGGUCUGAUCAGUCAACUUCAACAGCAGCAGCUGUGCCUCGUUCCAAUCCUCCCCCGGAUUCUGGAUCUGUGUCAACUGCAACACCAAGUGACCGGGACUCACCACCAGCAAAGAGGCCUCGUAGGUCGGCGGAUGAGGAUGACAGUGGAGGAACUGGUCCAGUGCUAGACAGUGGACUAACAGAGAGAGAAAGGAGUAGCAAUGGUGCUGCUGUGUGUGAGAAGAAGGACAUAAAACAAGACAUAAAGCAAGAGCCAGACACGGACGAUAACUUUGCAGAAACAGAAGUUGAUGAUGAGAGACAAGAUGAUCAUUACGCCAAUCAUGAACCUCAGGAUGAUUCGGACAGCAAAGACCCUCCACCAUCUCCUCUGGAUGUACCUGGUCCAUCAGGGCAGUCCAUCAUUUCUUCUCACCAUGCGGUCAACAGUGAAAAAUCAACAACAGAUCUGGGUUCAGCACUAGCACUGCAGAAUGUGAUGUGUGUCCUGAAGCCACAGCAACAGGCUCAAAUGCAGCAAUCUAUGCCACAGUUUGCAGCCAUAUUGCCAGCGCCCAGUGGGAACAGCAGUCUCAGCAACAGUGCUGACAGUAAGGAUAUUAGUCACAUUUCAGCUGCAUUACAGCAUUCUACUCCCACAGUGCGAGUUCGCCGUUCAGAAGAAGAACUGCAAAAGGCAGCGGAGUGUGUGCAGAAAGGGAUGACCUUCCAGAAUGUUUCAGACAUAUUUAAUAUUCCAAUCUCGACAAUACGUUUCUACAUGGCACGGCGAGGCAUACUUCCACAGAGACGGCGGGGCCGUGUUUCAAAUUCUGGAGCUACGCCAGUUGCCUCGGCACAUGCACAGCCACCUUCGUACAUGCUAUUGCACUACAAACUGCCUGAUAUGGGCCAAGGUCAACAGCAGUUGCCGGCUCCUGGCCAGGUCCAUAUUCAGCAGCAACAACAACAACAGCAGCAGCAGCAGCAACAACAGACAUCUGGAACUGUCACUGUGCCAACAACUGCCUCUGUUGGAUGGAAGACUUCAGAUAAUUGAACCAGAGCACUAUAUUGGUAUGGGCUGGUGAGUCUCACCUGACUUGUAGACAGCCUGACAGCAGACAUGCUAUGAUAUUUAGUUCCCUGUUCAUUUUCAGACUUCAUGCCAUUUGUGACUCGGACAUUGUGUUUUACCACUUAAAAACUGAGAUGUAAGUUCUAUUAUAAGCAGCUGUUCACAUAAUUUCUACUUUUUAGAACCAUAUAAGUUAAAAGAAUGUAAUAUUUCUCGAGUUUUGUUUUUGAGUAUGAGGAGAUGUGUUUAAAAUUGAAGAACUGGAGCAUCAUUUUGAGUAGGUUAUACAUUUCGUGCUGUACCGUAAAUAGUAUCACAAGAGACAAAAACAUUGUAGGUUAGUGAAAGAAAUAUUUUAAUGCAGUUUGGAAGAAUUUUUGCUGGUAUAUUCCUGCAUUUUAAUGAACUUAACUGGAAGGGAGGGUAGAUAGGACAGAUUUUUUUUAAUUUUUUCCUCUCUAUGCUGUAAAUUGUGUUGCGCAUAGAAAAUAUAUUUAUUAGGUUUCCUUUUUUUUUCUUGCAGAGUUUUUUCUCUGAAUAUGUCACCUUAACUGUGCAUGCAUUUUUGCUACUGUAUUUGUGUGAUGUGAAUCUCGUUUGUAACUUUACUCUUUUUUUUAUUGCUGAUCUGAAAUAUAAUUAACGGAGACAUUAAGCAUUAGUCUGUAGAUUAAUGUUGUUUCGUAUUUUCUCAGUUAUCUUGUAACAGUUAAACAUUUUAGUUGUUACAAAUUUGUUUCAUGUGUCAGUGGCAAAUGGGCACAAAGUACAUUUGUGAAUGUCCAGAUGAGGAUAUAAUAUUGAAUGAAAGAUAGCCAUGACCAGUCAUGAAGUCAAAGUAAUUUGGUGGCUAUUGGUAGACAAAUAUCACAACUGUGAGUAUCCAUAGUGGUUUAUGGCUAAACAGUUACAUACUAGCCAUGAUUUCUGUUUUAAAGAAUUGAUGGACUGUCUUCUGAAUUUUUGUGUUUUUAAAACAGCAUUUUCUGUGCAACUGAGAGGUCUACUCAUUCUCUAUAGUGUAUUCUUCAUUGUACAUUUAAUGUAUUUGGUUAUUAAAUGACUUAGCACAAAUAUGUUAAUCGUGGCUUCUUGCCAAUGAAGGCUUUUUGCUCACCAUUAAUGAUGACAGUGCAGUACUUAACUGAUAAUUUUUCUAAGUAUUGAAUGGUCAUGGCUUUCUGCUGUACCAUAUUUAUUGUGUGAGGCACAUUUGUAUGGAAGGUAAUAAAUGUUUUCAUAUAUGAACUAUUUUUAUUAGAGUUCUGCACAUUGUUGGAGUAGCCUGAAGAGUACUGUGUAAACAUGUCGGAACAGCAUACACCAAAUGAUAUUACAUGUACAUACUGUUGUCCUGUACCAGAGCACCAUUCUUUGGUAUGUUGAUGUCAGCUUGCAAUUUUCAGUGGUUGCAAUAUAACACUACUCGCAUGCUUCUGUUCCUGGAAUAAGUGUCUACUUAUAAUAGGGAAGUUAUAAGUAGUUGUUGGCCUUUGACAGGAAAUUGUAUUGGAUGUUAAGUAACUGUAGAGGCAAUAAGUGUUUAUUUUGGUUUGUUUUGAAAUAUUUAAAGGGGUACACGUAGCUGCAGCAUUGUUGGCAUUACCUGUAACAUUCUGUUGGGCGGUCAACCAGUAUAAUAUUUAUAAAAGUUUAAAAUUAUUUGUAUGAUAGUCCAGUAAGCAACCUUGAAAAUGCAGUAAUUAUUUCAAGACACUUUGUGUUACACCUAGUUUUAAAAAAGUUUUGGACAAUUGGUACUUUUAAUGUCUCUUGUACCUUUGGAGUUAAAGCAACAUAUUGAAGUUGAAAUUGAAAAAUGUUUUGCAACAUAGUAUGAGUGAAGUGUGGGUUGACUCUUUAAAGGAAGAAGAAGAAGAAGAAGAUGAUGAUGAUGAUGAUGAUGAUGAUGAUGAACUGAAAAAUUUCAAUUUGCAGUAUUAAUCGUGUUCUAAAAGUAGAGGCUUUUGUUUGUUACAUUGCUUUUUUUGUUGUUAUGCUUUAUCUUAUCACUGUUGAAUACCCACAGAGAAAACUGCAGGCCACUGGAUUUUUGAAGAUGGCAAUUAAUUUAAGGAUGGAAAUGGCUAACAACUCAGAGAAGUAGUAUGCCAUUGACAGUUGUUUCAGUUUGUGAUGGUGAUUAGUCGGUAAAUGCUUUUCAGAGAUAUCAAUGAACUCAGUAUUCAAUUGUAACAUAUUCAAAAUGAAUUGUUGUGUAGUCAGCAACCAAUAUUUGUUGCAGAAUGUGUCUUGUGUGGCAUUUGUAAGUGAAACUGUAUAUGUGAAACUAGUAUUAACUCUUAAGUAGAAACAUAGAUAAUAUUUUCAGUAUUUGUUUUAUUGCUUGCUGGAUAGUUUUUACUAGCCUGUUAAAAUGUCAUAAGCAACUGAACUGUGUGUUGUCUUUGGUCUGUUGACAGAGAGAGGUUGAUUUUAUACAAACAGCUUGAAGUGUUCUGUUCGAGUGGUAUUGUGUAAGUAUAUAUAGACUUAUGAUUCACUGUUAUAACAAGUGGAUUGUCAAAUACCUCAUACUGAAAAAAAGUGUUUAUCUUUUUUAUAGAAUGAAACUAGUUAUUCAGUAUUUAUCAAAGUCAUUAGUAUCUGAUAAAAUUUACUGAACGUCAAACAUGAAAUCUUAAAAAAAAAAAGCCUAAAGAUAGGGAAAAAGCUCUAGAAAGCAAAGUGAUAGCUGGGGUAGGGUUGGCUAAAUGUGCAGAAGUAAUUAAUUAAUAUUGAACUUCUGAAAUGGAAUCUUCCACAUUUGAGUCAUAACAACUUCUUCUCAUGAUAACGGAAAGGAGGAAAAUAUAGCAGAGAUAUUUCAGAAAAUGAUUAAUUGAAUGUAUUUAAAAUAAAAGUUCUAAAAGGAUUCUGCUGAUAGCAAUUAAAAUUUGAAAUAAAGCUGAGACCUAAACCAGUCUAUAAUAACAUGUAUAGGGAUGUGGUAAUUGGAUGCUGCUCACAUUCUAGAACUCAGUGUGACAAGUUCAUCUUUUACUGUGCAUGAUAAACUACUCGAACUUAUCUCAAAUUUUAAUGUUCUGUGCUCCCCUCUCCCAACUGUACAACCUUUUCUCACAUUAAAAAAAAGUGCAGAUACUGUCUUGUGCUUGUUUUCUUUCUUUAUCUUAUUCUGAUUGUGAAGAAAAAACAUUUUUUAUGAAAAAAAACCUGAAAUUAAACAAUUCUUUUUUUUCUGUAUUUGACAGCACAUGUGGGGGAGGGGAGGUUAUUUAUUGUCAAACUUGCCUCAGGUAUCAGACAUUGAAUAGGGCUGUUUUUGCUUUAUAUUUCUGAGGAUUGCUGCUUCAGUGAUUCUUUACUGUGAUGUACUGUACUGUAACAUAAUGUGUUACAGGCUAUCUGACAUACUAGUACAAAGUUUGAACUAUUGUUAUGACCAGGUAUCAGUGAUUGCUUGUAAAAACAGGUUAGGGGCAUAAAUGAAAAAGAUGUUAAUAUUGAUGGUUUAUUUUGUCUGCUACUGUGCAGUUUGUAUCAGAGAUUUACUAGCAUAUGUUAGUGCCUCAGAGAUGUAUGCCAUUCAGUAUGUUUGUGCUUGUUGAUUAUUUAUUGUGUAUGGGAUUAAUAUAAAGUGAUUGUUUUAUAUCUGUUUGAGGUUGACUAUAGGUUUUCAUUGUGCAAGGCUAAUUUACAGUUAUCAAACUUCCAGACCUACAUAUAAGCCUGGUAUGAUGAUAUUAAUUUGGAGAACACUUAGUGGGUUAUAAAAUUGUUUUAUUACCUCUUACCUUAGUGAUUAACUUCUGGUUAACUCAACUGUUCCUAUCAUAAUCGGUCUUUGACAAGUUCAUGAAGAUAAUUGGCCAUUGACAAGUUCAUGAAGUACCACAUUUCUGAUAUUUGCUGCCCAGAUAAUAUUGAAUAUGUAUAGCCAAUACAUGCCAAUUACAUCAUUAAUUUCAGUUUGUCUCUCUGACAUUAACAAUUCUUUUUUUCAUAUUUCAAGGAUAAGGACUAGAGAGAAUAUCAAUAUUUCAAAUGUGAUUUUCUGAAUAAUUCUGCUGCUGCAUAUAAACCAUUCAUUUGCUGAUAAUUCAGUUACAAUAUUCAGUCAUUAUCAAAGAUUCAAUAGCAAUAUGAAUGUAUUAGGGGUGAGGAAGGAAGCUUAUGAGGACGAUCAUGAUCUAACAAUCUUCUUGCCCUUUUGGAAAUGCACACAAUGUUACUUCUUUUUUCUGAAAGAUUUACAAAUAAAUUACACACGAGGAACUUCUCUAAACUGUCAUCACUCAUCAGUAGCCUGACUGGAAAAGACAGAAGUCAGCAGAGUAUGUCGGCCAACUUUGUAAUAUAAAUGAAACUCUCUAAAAUUGUAUCUGUCCUCUUGUAAUUAAACAGGAACAAUUUUCCCACUUUUCAACGUACUUAGUACUCCACUAAAAUUAGAGUUUGAAAUAAAAUGAAACUGAUAAACCUCAAAGUGUAUUGUUAGUAAACGGUUGUCACAAACCAGCUUGAAAUUACAUGUGGUGUAUUGGGUCACUCUUUGCUCUCUUUUUCCACUGGUAGUUAUCUUGAUUAUGUUGUUCAGUGUCAGCAGAGUGUUGUUCAGUGUCAGCAGAGCUUCUUCUCAACAUGGUGACACAUACAGCUGUGACACAGAAAAAUUAUCAGCAUCUGUCUCAGUUUUUGGUAUUUCAUGUGAAGCAUGUAGAGUCAUUCCAGCUCAUACAGUGAAAAUAUAAUAUAUGAAUAUAUUUGAAUAUCUUUUAGCUGUCAAGUAACAUUAUAACCUCUAUAAAAUCAAGUAUACUGUAGUAGGGUAAAUAAAACUACAUAAUGGUACUGGUAUAUAAGCAGACCAUAAAUCCAUUUUCCUCAUAUACUUUUUUUUAUAAAAUUAGCAUCAAAGCACUGCAUUGCAAAAAUUAAGAACAGUAAAUUUGAAAACAAAAAUAACAGUAUGAUUUGUGCUGCUACCACUGCAGCAAGAACGUUACUUUAAGGAAAGUUUAUUCCCUUUGUUUGAAGGUGUUUCAAUGUCAGAAUGAAACAUUUUUGGCUCUAUUGCAUACUUAGUGAAUGUCCCAUCUUUUGUGGGAUCUGUACAUGUCUCACAUGAAUAGUUAGCAAAAAAUGUAUAUCUGGCAGCAUGAAAUGAGUCAGCAGUUAACAAGGUGCAGUUGAAAAGCAGACUAAUAAACUAAACAUCUGCCCUUAUCCUGUGGUUUUAAGUGAAUUAUAUCAGAUUAUUACUAGCAAAUCAUUGGUACAUGUUUAUGUAACAAAAUGUCUGUUACUGCAGUUAAACAGCAGCUUAUUUCUAGUCCUUUGCAGUAAAGUUUUUCCAUACUCAGGAGUAAUUCAAAAGACAAUCAGAUUUCACAUCUUUAAUGACACUUACUUCACUACAGCAUUGGUAAUAAUAUAGUGUAUUUUGUUCAGUUUGCUGUUUGUUGGGAAAAAUCUCUAUUUUAUUAAACAAUAUGUUGUUGUAUUUCAAAACGUGUCAAUAUUUUUCUUGAGUUAUUGUCAGAUGCAAGAAUGUGUGUGUAUGAGGUAUGCAUAGGUAGUCUUAAUUCGUAUAAAGCUGUAGAAAACAUAUAUGCCAAAAUAUUUAGUAAUACAUUUUCAUGAAUUCAAAUGUAAUUUUGAAUGAUGGAGAAAAAGAUAAGAAACUGGAUGAAGUAUUUUUGUAUUGGUUGCAUGUGACACAUUUCAUCAUACUGCAACACAGUUGAAAUAUUGGAAGAUGUUUAUGCAAAUUUUAGCCAUAUUGUUCAGCCAGCUAUGCUUUUCAAUGGCUCAUUAUUUUAUACAAUGUAGCAUAUGGUGCCUGUUGUAUUGUGACACUACUGGAGAUUUAUGCUGGGGUAACAGAUUUUUUUGUGAACAGGAUUCACAUUUCAUGAUUCAGGGCCCCUGGUGCCUUAUCAAUCUUUGUUUACAGGUACUCUUGCAGCACAAUACCAUUUGCAAAGACUGUUAAAUGGUACUUUUAUAAAGCAUAUUGGUAAUAUGUAAAACAUUGCAAUAUAAAUAUCUUCAUCAUUCUUUACUGUGAUAAAAAGUUACUUUUACCACAUACUCAGUUUGUUCAGGCCGCGGGUGAAUGACAAGUGUUACAUUAGACACACAGGAAACAAAAUUUCGAAAGACUAUUUUAUAUUAUGCUGUAGAAUUAAUUAAUACUUAUAGCAUCAGAACAGGACUGGUUUUUGUACAUAACUGCCAUGUAUUUCGCAUUUGCUACGAAAUGUCUUGUAUGUUAAUAAUAGGCUAAAUUGUAAAUGCUUAUCAGAAAAUGAUUAUAAUCAAUUUACAUGACAAAUUAUAAUGUUAUAUUAUUCAGUUCACUAUUUAUUUUGAAUAUCUGUUGUUUUACUGACUUUCUAUCUUUCACUUGAUUUGUGUAUUGGAAUAACUUCAUUUUGGAGUAAAGAAAAGCUGUAAAGUAGCCAAAACACUAAAUUUUCUAUGUGGAAUUGUGUGCGAACAUAACAGUGUUGUAGACCCAUACUUUUUAUGGUGAUAUAUGAAUAAUUAUUGUAAUAAAGAGCCAUUGAAAAACAAA